ACCCAGUGGUUUUAUACUGGCUGCAGCAGCAUUGGCUUGCUCUAUGGUUUUGUUGCAUAUUGAAGCCAAAAUAUCUACGUUGAUGCUCGUUUUGCUAAAAAAAACUCAUUGAAUUAUAGAUUUUCCGAUGGACUGAGUGAAAGAAAGGCAUCUUUUGGUUUGUGUUCGUUUGUCUCUUGCUCCACACAAGGGCUGGAGAGUUGUUUCAAAAGGUUAAAUUUUUAGUAUUGAAUUUUGCUGUGGGGUUGUUGUUAGAAUAGAGUCAUGGCGGCCACGGGAUAUUCAACACUGAUGGAGGAGGAGGGAAGUAAAGAGCAGGAGUUCAACACCAAAGAUAAAGCAUCAUUGAUCGACACUCAGAAGUCUGUAAGGAAAGAGAAAGUUCCUCUGAACACCCAGCAGUCCAUCCAUGCUGAGACCAUCUUUGGCUUCGAUGGGUUAAAGGUCAUCAUCUUAUCAGCUGUAGUGGUGUCCCUGGCUAUCACAGCUGCUAUGGUAAUCACCAUCCUCAUUGGAGAACCACAGGUGCCACCCCAUGGUGCAGUAGCUACUGGUAAUAGUGUCUGUUCAGCUGCUGGUGUAUCUAUUCUACAACGAGGUGGAUCUGCAGUGGAUGCUGCCAUCGCUGCUAUGCUAUGUAUAGGAGUAGUCAACCCACAAAGCUCUGGACUUGGAGGUGGUGGUUUUAUGCUGGUCUUGGAUGCCCAAUCAGCAGCAUAUACUGGUAUUGACUUCCGUGGUACAGCCCCUGAAGGGUCCCAACCCACAAUGUUUGUCGAUAAACCUGGAGCUUCCCUUGUGGGAGGUUUGGCAGUGACUGUACCAGGAGAACUCCAUGGCAUGAAAAGAGCUUGGGAGAAAUUUGGAAAAAUAAGAUGGAAGGAGCUCUUUGAACCAGCAAUUGAUGCAGCUAGACAUGGAUUUAAAGUGACUGGCUCUCUUGAACAAAGUAUCAUGAAAACUGACAUGUCGUCACCUGCCGCAAGAAAUCUACGGAAAGCCUUCAUGCCACUUGGGAAUCCCUUAACUGCGGGAGAUACAAUGUACAGAAGAAGGUACGCUGACUUACUGGAGCGUAUUGCUAGCAAUGGGGUGAAAGAGCUGUACACCGGGAAAACAGCUCGAGAAAUCGUAGAUAUGAUUAAUGAAUUUGAAGGGAAUAUGACGAUGGCAGAUCUAAGAGGUUACAAGACAAGAGACAUGGCUCCUAUAACUACAACCUACAGGGAUUACAAUCUUGUGACCUUACCCCAGCCUAGCGGAGGUCCGAUGCUUCUUACAUUGAUGAAUAUUCUAGAGUUAUACAACGUGACUCAGGCUGAUCAAAAUACUGCUUUAUAUUAUCAUCGUUUUAUUGAGGCGCUAAAAUUUGUCAAAGCUCAGGAAGUUGGUCUUGGGGACUCCUCUUCUGUCAACUACACUCAGAAUAUGAUAAGUAAAAGCAAUGCUGAACUGCUCUAUGCACACAUUACAGAUAAUAUGACUCAUUCACCAUACUAUUACUUCUCCUAUGCUGAAAGCAUACUAAAGACACAGGGUACCAGUCAUAUAUCAGUCAUUGAUAAAGAUAACAACAUGGUGUCUGUGACAAGUACUAUAAAUACAGCAUUUGGAUCUCUGCUGAUGACUCCUAGUGAAGUCAUUCUAAACAAUCAAAUGGAUGAUUUUAAUUGGCUUGGGAAGGAGUUAACCUCAAACAAAAGCAAGGCAAACUUCAUCGCUUCAGGAAAGCGCCCUCAAUCUCACAUGGCGCCAGUCAUGGGUCGGAACGCAAGCACAGCCUGUGCAAGACGCUUUGCUACGGGAGGUGAGGGCGGUGGUCACAUCACGUCUGGUAUUGCGCAAAUCGUUAUGGAACUCCUUGCGUUUAAGUCUACGCUAUACAACGCUACAAUGAAAUCCAAGAGGGUUUACACACCUCUCAUUCCUAACGAAGUAGAAGUUGAAGAUGAGUUUCCAAGAAGUAUACGUCAGAAUUUACAAGCUCUUGGACAUGAAAUAGUAGACAUGGAUAGCGAAGAUGCUGCGAGGGUAAAUACCAUCAUGAAAGAAAAUGACAUCAUGUACGCUCAGUCUGACCUACGGAGAAGUGGAGCUCAAUCAGUGCAAUAUUAACAAGGUACAUGUACUUGAACAUAGCCCCCUCUCUCUCUCUCUCUCCAUCCUCCGCCCCCCUCUCCAUCCCCUGUCCCUGCUGGUUACCCCACUGCCUAUAGAUUUUAUGUAUGAAACACUUAAUCUUUACUUUAGCUGUUUGUAUGCUUCUGCAAAAACUUAAGGGGUUUCUAAAAGAUAUCAUGCGAUAAUAAAACAAGUGACGUGUGGUACAGUUACAAAUCAAUUUAUGCCUGGGUGGAGCUGAAUACGCAUCCAGCCUAUGUUAAUUUCGGGAGCAGAGUCUCAAGCCGACAGAUUUCCCUAUGAAAACUGUUGUAAUAGACCGAUCCAUUAGGCUCCGCCCACGGCGCACAUGUUAGCAAGAACACAUGAGCCUCUCCAAUGCCAUUCUGCACAACUCUGCCGCAGGCACCAAGCACACACGCAUGCAUGUCGGACUUUAUUUUUUCGAACCUUCGGUCGCGCAAUGGGUUGUGAUUGGUCAAUACGCAAUGGGGGCAGAGCUUAAUGGAUCUGUCUAUUAAGUGUCUGCCAGAUGCCAUUCCAGAAAAUUUGUUGAAUAUACAGGUCAUCCCCCAUGAACUGGUUUAGACAAUAUAAAAGCCUUACUUCAUCUAGGUAGAGGCACUGGUGAAAAGAUCUCUUUCAUUUUCUUACAAAAUUACUUCUUAAACUUUCUAAAGUACUUUUCAAUUAGAAAAGUAUAUGUGGUUUUUAUGGGUAUUUUGAUUAUUAUAAAACAUGUGCAAAUAACUUUAGUCUAAAAGAUUUAUAUUUAUUACAUGAAUAUCUUGUACUAUGUUGUAAAAUGAGUUAUUGUGAAUAUUAUUUCUAAAUUAUACUUUUAUGUGAAACUGUUGGAAAUAUUAUUAGAUUAUCUUGAUUCCUUUUAUAAGUUAAAUGGUAUGGGGUUGGUAAAGAAAGAGUAUGAUCAUUCUAAUCCCCAGUCUGCUAGUUUUCAAAACAAUAUACCAUAAAGGAAUUGGUACAUCGUUAUCAAAAGAGUACAUUCAUUCCAAUCCUCUAGUGUUCAAGAGACAUCAUGAAGGGAUGGAACAACAUUGGUUAUUGGAAUUAUAAAUUUAUUGCCAAUAAUCAAGUUGUCAAGAAAAACCAUCUGUUCAACCACCAUUUCAUCAAGUCAAGUUAUCUUUUUGUGUCAAAAUAAAACAAAAUACUUUUGUGCAAGUUUAUACACAAAGUUAUUUUGAUUGUAACAACCAAAAUAAGCGAUGAUGAACUGAGGGUUCUUCAAUUUCAAAUGCAGUAUUCUUGAAUGACUUUUUUUAUUUUCAAAUAUUUUUCUGGAAGAAAGGUAUAAACUGAAUUAUCAGCGAGCUUUUAAAUUAAAACUGUCUUCUUUUUAAAUAAUUUCUUGCCCUGUACUUUGCAUUAAGCAAUAAUAUCACCAAAAGGGAAGUUGUUGCGAUGACAAGCAUUGAUUUAUACCUGGAUAUAUAGAUUUAAAUGAAGAGUAACUGGUUAUAAAUUUAUCUUUCUUUCAUAUGAUUGAGGUCAACCUAGACAGACUGGAGCACAGCCUUAAAACCGACAAGUUGAUAUGAUUGAAUAAAGAAUUUAAACAUCCUGACAAAUGUUCCUAUGAGUAUUUUUGUUUCUUUGAGGGUUGUCAGGUUGGCACAGUGGUUUUUGUCGGUGCCUUUUACCUCUGUGUACCCAGGUUCAAUUAAUGAACUAAAGCCUUACAUGUGGAAUGUGGAUUACGUUUUCAGUCUCUACCUGACUGCGUGGAGUUUUCCCUCGUUGGGGUUUUCCUCCCACCUCGAAGAAAAAAUAGGGUACCUCGAAAAAGUAUAAACAAAGUUCAUUUUUUGACUGUGAGCACAUGUCAAAUAUUUAUCUGAACUGACUCUUAAAUGUUUUCUCUUUGUAACCCCUUACCAAGAGUGGCUUUUGGCCUCGUUUAGCCAUGGUUUAGCAGAGCUCAGCUGACCGAGUGCAGAAUUUUGGAGCAAGCAAGCAUCUGCAUUGGCAGAUACCAGCGCUAUAUAAGACUUUGUUUGUUAUUUUAUUAUUAUCCCUGAAAGGUUCCAACUAAUAAAGGUAUAAUUUGCCUUGAUUGAAGAGGGAGCCAAUAAAUCUCUACAAAGAAUCACAUUUACAAUGAUUUUUUGAACAUCGUUUUUUUAAUAAUAACACUUUUCAGAUACAAAUAUUCACAUACAUAUCAUUGAAAACAUAUACAAUUCUGUUAAAAACUUUCAUAAAAAGUGAUAAAAAUAUACAAUUUGGGAAAAUGUAUAAAGCGGAUUGAUAUGGUAAAUAUUUAUGCUUGAGUUGAUUAUGAACAAUUGUGUGGUUAUCUUGGAAACAGACUUGUCAAAGUAUUUCAUUAUUCUUUCCCCGUCUCUCCCACAGUUGGUAGACUUUUUGAUUUCAAAUAAUUAAUGUAUUAGUUAAUUAAUUAAUUAAUAAAUGAACAGUUGGGUCUCCACUUUCCUUCCUAGAUUUACUUAACCGUUUACUUAAACAGCGGUUGAAAUACUAAGUUACCAAUCGGCCGCAAGAUUUGACCUACUUCCACUGAACCAAAAAGGUCAAAGUAAGGUCAUGUCCUAAUUUGACAUAUUUAUUCCAUUACUUCAUUGUUAACAUACUGUACUGUAUUAUUCAGGCCUUAAACUUUGCUCUUGAAGGCGCACAAUUUUCCUCUAGAAAUCUUAAAUUUGUAUUGGAACUUUACCAAGGGCACCACAGCAAAAGCACGGGGCACCAUGGCAAAUGCUGUGGAUGCCAUGUGCUAUUUCAAGGCCCGAGUAUGUACACGAAACCUAAACCAAAAUGUCUGUUUUGUGGGGGUUUUCCAGUUUUUGGUUCUGAAACAAGUGAUUCAAAAAACAAGAUGGACUUGGGUGGGCAUAUGGUGACGAGUGUACAGAAAUGAAUGAUCUGAAAAUAUAACGGUACAACAAAAAUACACCCACAUAACAAUAUUCUGUGACAUGUGGCAAGAAUUUAUUUGUGCUUCGAAAACAUAUCUUAAAUUUAAAAUUUAAAGGCACUGGACACUAUUGGUAAUUGAGCAUAAAAACGUACUUGGUUAUGUGCAAUUGAACGCUGUUGAUCGCUGAAGAAAAAGGUAAUUUCUCACUUUUAUUGGGCAUCUGAAAGGACACAUUUCUAUGCAGCAAUGAUGUUUUU